AUGUUGUUCUUCUGGCUAGAACUCGGGAAACGAUUCCAUGGUGCUUUCAAACUGAUGCGUAUGGACUUUUCGACAUCUUGUAAUAAUAUUGUCGUGCGUCGGGUUAUAAGUCAAACAGCCUAUGUCCUAAGACACACUGCCAGAUUUGGCAGGAAGGCUGAUGUUGACGCUGAACUCGACGGUCUAGACUCUCGUACGGAGGGAUGUCCUGCAGACAGAGCACAUCUCGCUUGUGUUAAUAACUACCGGGUUCCCGACAAAGGGUAUUACAACUGUGCAUUGAUGAACCAAUAUGCUAGGGUUCUUGCAAUCGGAUACGACAGGACCAAAGCCCAUAAUAUCGAUCGUCCCUUAUCUCGUGGUAAAAAGAGAACGGAUGGGACAGUUGCUUUGGACAUGUCUUGGCAAUCGCUGAGAAUGUUUGAAGAUCAUCGAGUGGAACCCGCGACAAGGGCCCCUCAAAGCAAGAUGACAUUCAACUCCCCCAAUAAUAGACUGUAUCUGUUCCAGUUUAGUGGAGAGACACCAGAGGCUCCGCUUGGAGCGGCGUUGACAAAGGGCAAAGGCGCAGCAGAGAUGCACAUGGAUGUGAUGGAUCAUGGUCUUGACAGAUCCAUUGCGAAAGAAAAGAAAGAAGAAAAAAAGAACAAGGGACAUUUAGCGAGAAAGGAGAGGAUAGUCAUGACAGACACCUGGACCGUGACGCGUUGGGUUACAGCAUUUACUACCCAUUUAAAAGAACGUCGCUUGGGCAUCCGCGACCAAGGAAUUUUGUGCGACUCCCUGACUGAGAUGGUGAUUUCCGGAUGCGAUUUAAAAGCCAAGAAGCGGCUCGAGGCACUCAAGAACUACAUAUCCUUCUUAGAGCAUCGCCUUUGA